AUGUCGCAGGAUCGCGUCGUCGCAGAAGCAGGUUUACUUCGUGACGACAUCGCACGCGACGACGACGACGCGUCCGCCGCCGCCGACGGCAACGACAGUGACGAUGGCGGCGGCUGCGACGACGGCGGCGACGAGAACCACCACCGCAAUUCUCUCCGCCGCAAUGCCGUUGCCGCCGCGGCCAGUCACCGCACCGGCGUGCGUGUCAGUCCGCCGCUCGGAGGAGGCUCUGACGCCGAUGCGGCGGGAGGUGCGACGGGGAUAGACACGGCAUUGGCUGAGCAGCAACGCGGCGGCGGCGCGAGCCCGGAUGCUCGGCCGGAUUCGAGCGCCAUUGCGGCGCUAGUGAACUCGGAUGGGUACAGGUGGAUCAAGUACGGCGAGAAGCGCAUUUGCGACAACACAGCAUUCAGGGCUUAUUACAAGUGCACGUGGGCGCGCGCGCGCGCGUGUUGUCGCGCGCGCAAGAUCGUCGACUUCCACCCGGCGCACCCGGACCGCACGAGCAUCGAGGCGCGCCACGAGCACAACCACCCGCUCUCCGCGGGGUCCUUCCCCCGCUCGCCGCGAGUCGCUCUUCCCCCCCUCCGCGGCGGAAAAACACCCACCGCCUCUGCCAGCUUCCGCGCGAAGGCGCACGGAUUUGCGGGGCUCCGCUGCAUCGAAGGCAGCGGCGGAAGGGAGCAAGCGGGCGGCGGACUGAAACCUCCGCGGACUGGGCAAAACGGGAAAACCGUCCGCGACUUCGCCACUAGCGCGGCAGCGGCGGCCAUCACUGCGGAAGCGGCGCAGAGCCUCGCCCGCCGGCCCUUCCGCCCGCGGCGGGCCCUUCCCGCGAAUAUUCCCGCCGCCGCAGAGGCUCGUGGGCAUCAGCGGGGAAGCAACACUAGUAGUAGUAACGCCGUCGCUGCGCGCAGCUCUCGCGGCUCCAAUGCACUGCCCGCGCAGAAUCAGUAUGGGUCCGCGCUGGCUGGGUCCGCGCUGGCUGGGUCCGCGCAGGCUGGGUCCGCACAGGCUGGGUCCGCGCAGGCUGGGUCCGCGCAGGCUGGGUCCGCGCAGGAUCAGGACAGGUCCGCGCAGGCGGCUGGGUCGGCUGCAUCCGCGGGGACAGCGGCUGCUGCGAGUGCGCGCGGAAUGAGCGCCGCUCCGGAAGCUGCCCUGGCGCCGCAGGUGCAGCAGCAGGCCCAGAGCACUGCGGUGCAGCAGGCGCAGCAGGUGCAGCAGCAGGCCCAGAGCACUGCGGUGCACGACUUGCGAAACGCCGCGCGCGAGCGCGAGCGCGACCCGGGGAACGUGCGCAGGUUGAGAAACGCGCGCAUCUUGGGGAGCGUGCGCGAUCUUUGGAACGUGCGCAAGCAGGGGAACGCCGCGCGCAACCUGCACAAUGCGUAUGGCGCGCGCAAGCAGGGCAACGCACCCGACCAGGGCAACAACCUCGACCAGGAAGGCACGAGUGUUUGUCUUCUGCCUGCGGCAAAGCGGAUGCGCGGCGUUGCAGUGGGUCGAAUAAGCGGGCACCCAGGCCAUGGUGGGUUCAACCAUGCCUCUGCUGCCGCCCCUGGUGCCCCUGGUCGGGCUGGUGCGGCGUCUGGUGGGCCUGGGUGUGCUGUUCCUGCUGCUGCUGCUGCUGCUGCUGCUGCUGCUGCUGCUGCUGCUGCUGCUGCUGCUGCUGCUGCUGCUGCUGCUGCUGCUGCUGCUGCUGCUGCUACGCCUCCUGCAGGAGCACCUACUGCUGAUCCACAUGCGUGCAACACACUGUGUUCCCUCCCUCCUCUUGCACCUCCACCUCCCUCCACUGCACUCCCUCCUUCUCCUGCCCUUCCCCUUCCUCCCACUGCGCCUGCCAUGAUACCUGCUUUCUCAUCCCCCCUCGUCCCACCUGCAUCUGCCGCCGCUGCCGCUCCUGCUUCUCCCCUUCCGGGUUCUUCUCCCACUGCGCCUCCUCUCCUUUGCCUAUCGCCAGCAUUGCACGUUACAGCUUGGCAGGACUGCACCGCUCCCACUGUCAGACCCAAGCCGUGUCACUUCGACCUGUGCCUCUCCACUCCAUCCGCCACCCUCACCCCCCUCACGCGUUUUGAGUCGACUCAAAACCGGCGGCACAGUACUGCUGCACCCAUUCACAGUCUACCCCCAUCGCCCAUGUCUGCCUCUACUGCUCUGAACAUCUCAGAUCAAGCGUCGGCGCUGGGUUUUUCCUGGGAAACUUCGCAGCUGCUAGCUGACAUAGAACGCCGUACCAGCGCAUCAUUACUGCCGGAAAUAUCCGUUGCGAGGGGUGAUGACGCCAUGUGGCAGGCAGCGGUUGGUCGGCUGAACGAGGCAUUGGAAGAGAUCAACUCGCUGAGGCGGAUUGUGGCUCGGCAAGAGGUGCAGCUGAUGGUGCAGCAGAAGCAGCUUCAGGAGGGGCAACAGCACCAGCAGCAGCAGCACCAGCAGCAACACCACCAGCAGCAGAAGCAGCAGCAGCAGCAGGUGCUGGCUUUCAUUUGA